AUGCUACCCGGUCCAGACAGAAACGACGUUGGUACCGAGCCGAGGUUCAACGAGCAUGCAUGCUUUGAAACUUGUUUGACGUACAAAAGAGGAAGUGCAGAAGCGAGAGAACGGAAACAAGGAGGAGAAAGAAGAGUUGACGAGGAGAUCGAGAACGAGAACGAGAACGAGAACGAGAACGAGAACGAGAACAAGAACGAGAACGAGAACGAGAACGAGAACGAGAACGAGAACGAGAACGAGAACGAGAACGAGAACGAGAACGAGAACGAGAACGAGAACGAGAACGAGAACGAGGGAUGA